CUUGCCAAAUGAUGACAAAUUGAUUAGCGGAGGUCAUUGUUCCUUUUUUUCUUAUCCAAUUUGUUUGUCUUGAGACAAUUCCUGUUAACCCAAAGCCUUUUUUGAACAAUCUGACCGGAAAGACUGUGAUAGUGAAGUUGAAAUGGGGAAUGGAGUACAAAGGUUUUCUCGCCUCAGUGGAUUCCUACAUGAAUCUGCAGCUUGGAAACGCUGAAGAAUUUAUUGAUGGACAAUUCACUGGAAAUCUGGGGGAGAUUUUGAUAAGGUGCAACAAUGUUCUGUAUCUUCGUGGGGUACCAGAAGAUGAAGACAUAGAGGAUGCAGAUAGGGACUAAAAGCAGUUUGAUCAUGGUUUAAAUAGAACGGCUUUAUGGUAUCUCUGUUGUAAUUCAAGUACUGUCUAAAAAACAUAUACUUGAAGGUUUUUUCUCCUUAGUUGUGACUUAUGUAGUAAUUACAUUUUGAAAUGUUAUUAUCUGCUCUUUCUUUGUAUGCAUAUGUUAUUAUCUGCUCUUUCUUUGUAUGCAUUAUACCCUUUCCAGAUUUGGGGUUAAGUAAUCCAUCUGUCAGGGCAUACGCUGGAUCCUUAA